AUGGCAGCUUUACCGUACGAUAGAAGCACUUCUGACAUAAUAAAUGUCUUCGAACACAACGCCCCCCGUGUACUGAUGCGCAUCGCGCCGCUGAUCACCUCAACGUGUUCAUUAUGGUACUCGUUCGACCAAGACUUCCUCAUGGGCGUCUUCCUUAACCCCAACCACCGAGCUCAAAGCAAUAGCCUCCUGCCCUCGAGUCUCAGAAACUUCCUUCGCAGUGGCCUCGUGCGCGUUGUCGGUCUUCUCGGUCUUACUCUUUUGUCUGGCGGUUAUAAUGCUUUCAUUGACAAACCUGGCCGUGAGACUCUAUACUGGUACACUACCGGCACUCUGUUAGCAGCAAGUCACCUUAUCUUUGUUCCCUUUGAAGCGCCAAAGGUCCAGGCUAUAAUCGAGGAUAGGCCGCAGGGCAUGCCGAAUUCGGAUAUUGACAGCUGGCUGAUGGUUCACCGCGUGCGCACCUGGGUGGUUGACCUGGCUGCUUGGGGCUGUUUUGUCGCUGGUGCUGCUGUCAUGUAG